UGAUGUGAGGCGAGGCAUUUCCGGGACGAGUCACUGCUCCACAUAGUGUGCUUAUUGUGGCCGAGCGCAGCUUUUAAAGGAAAUAGUUGGUGAAGAUUUUUCCUAGAACGGGUGUGUUAGUUAUUAAUCAUAUCGCAGUUUGGAGAGACAAGCCAAACCCGUUCCUGUGUGUUUUAGAUUAAUGCUGAGUCGGUGCGUUUAGGUUUGGCUCAUUCUAACGUUCAGUGCAGGUGGAGUUGAACUGUUGUUGUUCCUCCAGCUUCAACAACAAACUGCCCAACUACAAUCCCUCACUGCUGUCUCAACAAUGAACUCUGGACAUCCUCAAUCACCGACUGAAGAAUGGCAAGGUUCAGGCGUAAAUCUUGCAUCACAUUAAUUGCUUUGGUGCUGCUCGUUCUCAUCGUAACAGUGGUCCUAAAGGCGUUCACACCGGAGGACUCUCCGUCCAGAAGCCCAGCAGGCGUCGAGCUCCUCCCAGUCCAAAAGAAGGAGGCGGAGAUCCGGAGAGGCAGCGAUAAUAAGCCUGAUGAGACCAAAAUGAAUGAGUCCGCUCAGUCAGAGAAGGAUGCCCAGUUGGAAGCCACGCUGAGGAGGUUCCCUCCUCCGAACUACUACGUCCACGCUUUCUACUACACGUGGUUUGGAAGCCCCAAGUUUGAUGGUAAAUUCAUCCACUGGGACCAUCCCCAGCUGCCACAUUGGGACAAAAAGGUGGCUCAGGGAUAUCCACAAGGAAGACACAGCCCGCCUGAUGACAUAGGGGCCAACUUUUACCCUGCUUUAGGGGCUUACAGUUCCAGGGAUCCCUCCGUUAUAGAAGCUCACAUGCAGCAGCUGCGCACAGCAGCCAUUGGUGUCAUUGCUGUUUCCUGGUAUCCUCCCAAUAUGAAGGAUGACAACGGUGAGCCAACAGAUGACAUUGUGCCUUUGUUGCUGGAGGUGGCACAUAAAUUCCAUAUUAAGGUUGCUUUUCACAUUGAGCCAUACAAAGGCCGGGAUGAAGUCAACAUGUUCACUAAUGUCAAAUACAUUAUUGAGAAAUAUGGAGAGCACCCAGCAUUUUUCAAGUACCAGACCAACACCGGCAAGCUUCUUCCUUUCUUCUAUGUGUAUGACUCGUAUCUUAUGAACUCUGAGCAGUGGGCCAAAUUGCUGAAGCACACAGAGAGUAACAGCAUCAGGGAUACCCCGUAUGACGCCAUCUUCAUCGCCUUGCUGGUUGAGGAGAAACACAAGAGGGAUAUAGUGACCGCGGGAUUCGAUGGCGUCUACACCUACUUUGCCACGAACGGAUUUUCCUAUGGCUCCACUCAGCGCCACUGGGACUCCAUUAGAGCUUACUGUGAAGAUAACAACCUCAUAUUCAUUCCGAGUGUGGGCCCAGGAUACAUUGACACAAGCGUUCGACCCUGGAACUUCCAAAACACUCGGAAUCGCAUCAACGGCAAAUACUAUGAAACAUCGCUCAGUGCCGCGUUAGAAGCCAAACCUGAUUUUAUCUCUAUAACAUCUUUCAACGAGUGGCAUGAGGGGACUCAGAUCGAAAUGGCAGUUCCCAAAGCAAGCCAGACGCAGUAUCUGGACUACCUACCCAACAAACCAGCUAUCUAUUUGGAGAUAACUCGCAAAUGGGCUGUAAUAUUUGGUGGGGAGCGCCGAAAAUGGCAGCAGUGAUCUCCUUUGGAGGCAUGGCUAUUGUUUAUUCAUAGCAGUAUAAUCAAAUUGAAGGAAAACUAAAUAAAGUUUUGUUUUUGAACAUGAAAUGCAAAUGAUUAUGCCACAUCUAAUGUACUAAUCUACUGUAUGUCUUGCAUUUGCAGGUACAUUUUUGUGGAUGAUUAAUUACCUCUUGUUUACACAGCUGUAUGAUUUACGUUGAAUCUCUCACCACUAUUUGCAUGGCAAGGUUAUUACUUUUUUUUUUUUUUUAACUUUUGUUCUCUCUUUAUUGAUGCCAGCUGUUAGAGGAACAGUUUGGGAUUAUAAAAUCAAUUGGCUUUAGUGUCCUUUUACAGUGGAGGGUUUGUACUCAUUACACAAACUGUUGCAACAGUUGCAUCGCUAUACUCCCGUCACGUGAUUUCUAUGUUAUUUGGACAUAAGAUAAAAAAAAAUCAUGAUGUGGCUGAGUCAUCAGAAUUCACUCUGGGUGUGUUUAAGUGAUAAGUGAGAAGCAUGUGAGGAGCAUAAUUGUGAAUAAAUAUGCAGCCGCAGAGUCUGGCCAUUGAACACAGCUGAUACUCAGAGCAAGGUCCACUUUUAAUGUGGUGUAUGUCCACCAUCGCUUACUCUUUCUGAAUGCUGGUGUAAAGGUGUCAUGGAAACCAGCCCCUCUCGUGUGCCUCGGGGGGGCAAAAAUGUGAUCGUCAUGUGAUCUCAGUGUCUGGCUGCUUAUUUGUGAGAGUGGUCUCAUGUCUUUCUCUAAUUUAUUCGUAUGAAUGAAUAUUAUUUCUGCGCUUUCGUUCUUUUGUCUGAAAAAUCAAGAUUUCUGUUAUUAAAAGUUAUGAGCUUUAUUAUACCUGUGCA